AUGCGUCCGUUACUCCAAGUUCGGUCCAAGGGUCGGCCCAAUGUGGCAGCUAAUGGGAACCCUAAUCACAGGAUAGCCGUAUUUGCUGAAGAGAUCGACGAAGCUAACUGCAGUAGUAAACAGACCCCUGUGGUGAUAUUGAAGGCUACACCUAAACAGAUCAUUGAUUUGGUAAAUGGAGAAGUCAUUGGACCUUAUGAGGAGAAGAAUACAACACCCACACCGAUAUCUAAACUGAGCUCAACAGAUCUUGUUGGCAACGAGUCGUCGUUGUCUUCCGUACGGGAUUCAUUGGCACCUACUCAUUCGCUGGUGUCUACUCCACCAAAACUGUGUUGCUCCAAGAAGAGUUCAAACGAGAAUGACCUAGAUAAUGAAGUUACUUCAACGCCAUCGAAAUCUUCAUCCACCACUCCCUCCACAACUCCCAAACAUAGUUGUUGUGAUUCCAAGUCCCACAAUGGAGUAUCCAAAGCUAAGAGCUCAUGUGGUUGUAGCACCAAUAACAAGAAGAAGGGAACUAAAAUUUUCAAGUCCAAGAUUUUACAGAAGUUUUUGAAGAAUCACUUGAAGGAACUAGAAGUUGACAAACUACAACAGAGCCAACAAUACCAGCUCCAACAGCUCCAACAGCUCCAACAGCUCCAACAUCAUCAUCACCAACAGCACCGGCAAGGCAUUCACCAUAUCAUCAACACUGAAGAUUCAUCGUCCACGAACUAUAACGAAUCGUUGUCUAAUAUUCCCUUCCACAACAUUCACAAUAAUGGAUUGAAUCCAAAUUACAAUACCAAUCAUCAUAUUGAUAAUGCCUUUGACAUUGUUAGUGUCAGUUCAUGUUCUAUUCCUGGUAAAUGCAGUUGUACCACAACCUGUUCGUGUGUGGGGUGUAUAACCCAUGGAGUUGAAAGCAAUGAUUCUCCAAACUAUUUAUUUGAUCCAUUAUUGCAGGGCAAUAAUGACUCUAUUGACCAAUUAUUCACCAAACCCCACUUCCAAGCUCAUCCUGUUCAUGUCAUGCCUCCACAAGAUGCCAACUUUGCUGCUUCAACAGAAUUUCUGACGUUUGUUAAGCCGGAGAUACCGACAUUGAAACAGGAGCAAUCGUAUCCUAACUUUCAACAAGCAAAUGCCUUUUCGCAGAUGAGUAUACUGGAUCAACCUCAACAGCCACAAAACCAACAACUGCAACAGCAACAGCAAAACCUCCAUCAUUCUCAUCAACACCAGCAACAGUUUCAACAACCACAACCACAACCACAACCACAACCACAACCACAACCACAACCACAACCACAACCACAGCACCAGUUUCUGCCAGAACUACUUCACGGGACUUCUUGCCCCCAAGAAAAACCUCAAACUAAUUCCAUUGACACUCAAUAUUCUUCGCCAAGCUAUAGACCGCUGCCGAUUCAAUCAGAAACGUCUGACGUGGGAUGUAUGUGUGCUGAUGAUCAUUGUAAUUGCCAGAACUGUGAGACUCACGGCAUAAUAGACGGACUUAAACUUGAUGAGUACUUCUUUGGGCCAAACACAAAGCUAGACAAACGGCUACUAGAUAUUUUUGACUCUUCAUAUAGCGGAGUUUAG